AUGGCCUCCUUCCGCGAGAAGCAGUGGUGCAAGAAGGGAGACCUGAACCAGGUCCUCUUGAACAAAGAGUCCAUGGAUGAAGUCCGGCGCAUGUGCAAGGUUCUGGCGCCCUUCUUUGCCCACUAUGAUGCCAAUGGUGAUAAUGCCAUUGAUUUCGAAGAGUUCAGGAUGAUCUUCAAGGAUGGCCUACUAGGGGCCGGCCAGGAUGAUCUUGAACGGUCGAAGGACGUUGGUGCUCUGGCUGCAAUGGUGGACUUGAGGGCACAUGUGAUGCGUGGUGGUUGCAGCCGAAAGCGCUUUCUUGAGCUUGCUGGUGAUUUCACAAGUUGGUCAUUUCGUCGGUUGGCCCGGAGACUAGAUGGGAACUUGGCCACUGAAAGGCUCGACUUGUAG